GGUUUAGUCUUAUAAGUCACAGAGCUUCCUGAAAUCUCUCCCACUCGCCCUGAAACAGCUCCGCUCCAUUUGCAGCAAUGUGGCUCUCCGGAUGGGCUUUCUGCCUGGGGCUGGCAUUCGCCAGUGCCAUCAUCCCAGUUGAAGAAGAGAAGCCCUCCUUCUGGAACCAGCAGGCAUUGAAGGCCAUCCAGGAAGCCCUGAGCCUCCGUCCCCGGCACUACAAAGCUAAGAACCUCAUCCUCUUCCUGGGAGAUGGCAUGGGCCUCCCCACCAUCACCGCCACCCGCAUCCUGAAGGGAGAGAUGAAGAACCAGCUGAGCCCCCAGUUGCCUCUGGCGAUGGACGCCUUCCCUUACGUGGCUCUUUCCAAGACAUACAACGUGGACCGGCAAGUGCCCGACAGCGCUGGCACCGCCACCGCUUACCUCUGUGGGGUGAAGGGGAACUACAAAACUAUUGGGCUGAACGCAGCUGCCCGGGUUAGCCAGUGUAACACAACAGGUGGCAACGAAGUCGUGUCUGUGAUGCAGAGAGCCCGUGCAGCUGGAAAGUCUGUGGGGAUUGUGACCACCACGCGAGUCCAGCAUGCAUCACCCUCCGGGAACUAUGCCCAUGUAGUGAACCGGAACUGGUACUCGGACGCCGACAUGCCCUUCUCAGCAAUUUCAGAAGGCUGCAAGGACAUCGCUCAGCAACUUGUUGAAAACGUCAACCUGACGGUGGUCCUGGGCGGCGGCCGGAAGUACAUGACUCCAGUGGGCACUCGGGACCCCGAAUACAACACCAGCUCCAGCCAGGGCAUUCGCAAGGAUGGCAAGAACCUCAUCACAGAGUGGCUUAAUUCCUCGCCGGGCACCAAGUACGUCUGGAACCGAGCACAGCUGCUGAGCGCCGCAGACGACCCAGCUGUGAGCCGCCUCAUGGGCCUCUUUGAACCUGUCGACAUGAAAUAUGAGCUGGUCCGCAACAAUCAGACCGACCCAUCUCUGGCAGAGAUGACUGAGGUCGCCUUGAAGAUCCUCAGCCGCAACCCCAAGGGAUUCUACCUCUUUGUUGAAGGAGGCAAGAUUGACCUUGGACACCACAACGGCAUUGCCAAGCAGGCUCUCACCGAGGCAGUGGAGUUCGACAAAGCUAUCCAGCGAGCAGGGGAGCUGACGCAAGAAAAUGACACCUUGACUGUGGUGACCGCUGACCAUUCCCACGUCUUUGGCUUUGGCGGCUACACACUGCGAGGCUCCUCCAUCUUCGGCUUGGCCCCUGCAUUAGCAGCAGACAUGAAGGCGUACACAUCCAUCGUGUAUGGAAAUGGGCCGGGCUACCAGAUCACCAGCCAGGGCCGCCCCAAUUUGACCGAAGAAGAGAGCGAGCGUGACGACUACCACCAGCAAGCUGCCGUGCCCCUUGACUCGGAAACCCAUGGGGGCGAGGACGUGGCCAUCUUGGCGAAGGGCCCCAUGGCUCACCUAUUCCAUGGGGUGCAGGAGCAGACGUUUGUUGCCCAUGUCAUGGCAUACGCUGCUAGCAUAGACCCAUACCAGGAGAAUGGCCUGGGCAAUAACUCUGCCAGGUUGACAAAGCCCACUUUGGUGGCUCUUCUCUUGGCCUCCUUGCUCCUUUGGGCCUGUUAAUCCUCCCCUGGACGACAACUCAGGGAUACAUCUCUCUCCUCCUCCUCUCCUCUGGACAGUGCUUCCAACUCUGAUGCCACAUAGAAUACACCCUCAAGAGCUUUGCUUCUUAAGCCAAACAAGUGUCCUCCAUCCUAUUGAAGGCUGAACCAAUGAAUGUCUUCCAUCUUGUUCCACCAAAAGUGGGGUUGGCAGUUCCAGUCAGUGUUAAUAUGCAGGAGCACAUGCAGGGGUAUCCCUCAUUUCAAGGAAACAUGAAUUCCACUUCUGACACCAGUGUUGCACACUAUCCCCCAAUCUCUGAGCAGUGUGAGAUUCCAAGGAUUCCAGGUGCUUUGGAUUCGGAAUGAGGAACUGGAGACUGUGGUGCCUUAAAAGAGGGUGACAUGGUCAACUUCAGACCUGAGAGCUGCUCUCCUACCUGGACCUGAACAGUGGGUGGUAGUGCACCAAAGGCAUGCUGCCAUGAAUGCCACAGGGAGACCAUGCCCAGCUUCUAGAAUGCCAAGCUAUGCUCAAACCCUGCAGUGCCAAAAGCAGAAAUCAACUCCCCCCUUCUCAUAAUUAUUGUUACUAACAUUGAUAGGAAGAGGCUGGAGCAGUGUGUGUGUGUGUGUGUGGUGUUGUGAGAGGCAGUGGGUUCCUUGGGCAGCUGACAGGCUCCUUCCCAUCAACUGAUUCUUCGCUCCAUGCCAGUUAUCAUUGACAUGUGACCUGAUGCUUCCUAACCCAACCAUCACACUUCCACCUGGAUUUGCCAUGUCUUACUGGGAAUGGUCUCUUAAAUAACCACCUGUGUUCCAGAUCAAGACCGCAAGGGAGCUGCCAGGGGCUGUGCUGAGGAGGGCUGCACUGAGGAAGAAUGGUGGGAGUCACCCCCUCCUCCUGAUCCUGAAUCUUCCCAGGAGCAGGAGGACAGUAUAGAUUUGGAACAGUGGUUUGCAGAGGGGCAUAGUUCAGAAGGCAGAAGCUGGGAAAUACUGGAUGGGGAACUGCUAGAACAAGGGUUGGCAAAAAAUUUAAAGUGCGGGCUGUACCGCAGACCUUGAAGCUGCAAUGGGGGCGGCAGAGCUGGAAGAAGAGGCAGGGGGGGGCAAGUAGUCCUCCUCCUCACCCCCAGCCGCUGCACUUACCUUCCCAGGGGCUGCCACUUCCACUGCCGCUGCCGCCACUGCUUCUUCUUGUGGGUAGGCAGAGCGAGCUUGUCCGCUCCACUCUCUGGCCCGCAGGAGCACCAGGGUGGAGGGGAGAUAAGCGGUGUGAAAGGGCUGGUUCCAGAGAGGGGCUGCUUCAAAUGGCGCUCAGCCAGCUCAGCCCAGCCCCCUUCCUCCUCUAGGCAGGGUGGGGAGAAGCCAGGAGGAGGGAGGGAGGAGGCGCCACCAUGGUGUGUGUGAGGGAGAAGGGGGGGGGGGAGGAAUGGAACAGGGAAAAAAUGGCGCAGCCCGAAUGAACAGAAUCCCCAUGCCAAUCCACGGACAGUCUGCGGGCCGGAUCCUGAAGGCAACUGGGCCUGAUCCAGCCCAUGGGCCUUAGUUUGCCAACCCUUUAGCUAGAAGAAGAAGAAACACUGGGAGAGAGAGGGUUAACAGAUUCAGAGUCCCUGGAUAGUAUCCACCCCCUCCCCCAAAGUCCCAGAGAGCUCAUAAAGUGUCAGAACAGCAAACACAGAGGCUCCAAACUCAGAUUACAAAUUGUAGGAGUGAUGUAGAUUAAUAGGGACGGAGGGGAGGGUGGACAUAAUUGGGAGCGCAGCCAUUCUGGUUAGAUGCUUUCUUUUUCCCUUUGCUGUGUUUAUUAAAGAAACUAACUGGUAAGAAUUCUCUUUCGUUUGGUCUGCUCAUUU